AAUUCAGAGUUUCAUAGCGGAAGCAUCACGAUACUACAGUUCAUUCGGAGUUUACUGGUGGCUCUGUUUUUGUUUCAGGUGUCCUUCAAAAGAGGGUGAAAGCGGUACUUUUUGGAUCAAAUCGUGGAAGUUUAAGGUGAUGGUGUGAGCUCUCCGCUGCCAUGAGUGCUCUGUUUGCCUGUGAGGAGCCAGCCACAUGGAGGAGUGUGUAUGAGAAGUACUGGGAUGUAGUGGAGGCCAAGGGCAAGAAACCCGGAAAGCUGCUGAACCUCGACAAGUGGUACCAGACGGAGCUGCCCACACUCAUUUCAAGUCGACCUGACAAACAUGUCACUCUGUUGGAGCUGGUGAAACUGAUGGAGUGGAAGCUCACUAGAGGGAAGUUCAGGCCUAGGCUGCAGCAGCUGGUGGCGUCCAACGGUGAGGAUACUGUGGAGAAAUGUUCCAGAAAGGCCUUCAACCUCCUGCCUGAUGUGCAGGCAGCAAUCGCAGAGCUCAGCUCUUUGAAAGGAGUCGGCCCAGCCACCGCUUCAGCUGUGUUGGCAGCAGGAGCUCCAGAACAGACUGCAUUCAUGUCUGAUGAAGCCAUGGAGAGUGUACCGGGACUAAAGCCCAUCCAGUACACAGCCAAGCAUUACGCUCUGUACCUGGGAAAGAUGGUUGAGCGGACUGAAAAACUAAACAAAGCGGAUCCCCAGCAGGACUGGACGCCCCACAGGCUGGAGCUGUGUUUGUGGGCGUUGACCAUUGCCACUCAGCAGCAGCUCCCGCUUUUAAAGGAUGUUGAUGUGAAGGAUGGUGCGGCGGAGAAGUGCUCAGACCCAGACACUGACCAGAGACCAAGAAAGAGGGUCAAAACAAGAUGACAACUGUUCUACAUUUUUAUACAUACAUGCAUUACAUUAUAUUUGCUUUAGUGUUUGUCAGUGUUUGUACUUUGCUAAAAUAAUAAAGACUUUACACCAAAGAGAGAA